AUGGCGAUGUUGUCUUCGCCUGACCUCGAUCCAAACCCUAUUGAUGGUUUCUCCAACCAGUUCCUAGAGAAGUACGGGGUUUCUGUGGCCGUCGCACAAAAUCGACGGGCUAACAGGAUAUUGACCCGCCAGAUAGAGGGGGGAACCUUAGAAUGGCGCGUCAGCCUAAUGAUGCCUACAUCGCGUUACAGCACUGUCAACUCCUCGACUCUGAAUAAGGCGGUGCAGCUGUUCGAUAACUGGAUCAAGGUUUGGGUUAAGACCGGUGUCCCCAUAAAUAAAGACGUUGAGACCCAGAUCAUUGGAUUGUUAAGACAGCGAGAUUCCUAG